AUGGAAACAGUUUCGGACACCGAAUUACUGAACGCGUUUUUCAUCUUCAUUGUUCUAAUAUUUUCAACCGCAACUGCUGCCCUUGUGUCCCGUCGUAUAAAGCAUUUCAUCAUGACAACUUUCCAGGUCCAACGCCUUCUGGAAACAAAGUGUGACCACAUUAAUGCUCCAACUAAGCAGCAUAAUAUGGCAGAAAGACUAGAAGCUAUUUUGCAAUUGGAGCAAUCAGAUGGUUUUGCAUCGUCAAUGACCACUCUUGGGAGAAGUUUGCAAAAAACGAAUCCCAGAUCGCGUGUCUUCUCUUCCCUCGAUUUAGCCCUCGUCUCAUCAGAUGAAAGUAAAAAACCUACAAGUCAUGUAAAGGAAAAUAUAGAUGCUUUUGAAACUCCAAAGCAUCGCUAUUUGGAAUCAGAAUUGCGCAGGCUUUGCCAACCUCAGAAUGCUACUUCUCUCCCUGAUCAGCUUGACUUGCCUCGUCUACUCAAAUUUGAAAAUCAACUACCUCCACCCCAAUUUGAUACAACCAAAGUUGCUCGAAUGGUCAUUGAAGAAUUGAGGAUUUCUCUACUUGAUAAAGAAGACACUUCAAGAGCAUUGGCGUUUUUCCAGCUUGCAGCAAUUGGAAGCUCCCAAAGUGUAUUCGAUAACCCCAUUUACUAUCAUGAGACCUUCUGUAACCUCCUUGAGGAUCAAGUUGAAAACCAUAGUUUGUUCAAGCAUUCCUCUAGUGUAGAUGGUCUCCAGAUGUUGCUUAUUGAUUUGUUGGUUUGUUUCACUUGGUGCCAUUGGAACUACGAAGAUUUUUUUAAUCUAAAAGGUUCUGAAAGAUUCCCAUCUCAAAUUGAAAAUGAUAACUAUCCUUAUCCUGCUCAGAAAAUGUUGGAGUACUUCCGUCGCUCUGCACUGGAGCCAUUUGUUAUGUCUCAUUUAUCUGUCUUCCGUCUUUUAUGCAGUGUUUGGUUGGAAAGUUCUUUUUUGCUUCCAUUGGCAUCUCUAAAGCUUAGUUUAGUCUUUCGGACAUGCGCUCAACAGACAGGUUGUUAUGAGCAUCGCCAACUAUUACCUUUGAUUGAACAAUCAAUUCUUGCUGCGGAGAAUCCAAGUGUGAAACCCUUCUUUUAUGAUCUCGUGGCGGAGAUUAUUGAACCGCAUGUGGACUGCUGCAUAGACACACAUGACGUCUUUUAUCCUCAUUCACAUCUCCAGGGCCUUAUUUUACAAGGCAUGUGGAUAGGGCAGUCUUCAGAGAUCAGGGCGAAGGCCAAUCAUGUCGCCCAUAUACUAGGAAGGGCAUACCCGGAAGUGAAAUUGUGGACAGAACCUUGCGAAGCCAGAACGUCUAACACACAGCACAUGCACGACUAUUCGAAUACUCCAGGUUCCCUGGACAAAGUAAUUUAUUGGAUGGAUGAGACACGUGAAAAAUCUCUAUAG